ACACGCAAGAGUAUGAUUUGACGGGUGGGAAAUACAGCCAGCAGGUCAAAAAGUUACCUCCGAGCUGUCAAAUUCAGCCCCCUCCCCCCCAGUGUACCCCGCGCUGCGUCACGGAUUACCUGCAGGAUAUUUACUGGUCUCAGCGCAGAGGUCGCCUUUUGGGAUUACAGUGAAACGGAUCUUUAAAACGCCGCUGUCGUUAGAACAAAACGGAUGACAGUGUGGUGGUUAGAGAUGGGAGAGGGUUUGGGGCCUCUCUCCCCUGUAGGAUGGUAGCCGACAGCACAGUGGAAGGCAAUGACAAGAACUGCUUGUCAAGCUCAUCGUCGUCAUCAUCUUCCUCCUCCUCAUCAUCAUCAUCCUCAUCAUCCUCAUCGUUCUCCUCAUCUUCUUCCUUGUCUUCAUCAUCUUCCCUGUCCUCAUCAUCGUCACUCCACGCAGAGUUGGAGCAGCUUCAGCAUCGGGCCGCUCCAGAGCCGAUCCCGAGACGAGUGCCUGUCCCCUCUGUGUAUCUGACCCACUUCCCCACCUUCUCCUGCAAGGAGGACUGCAGGAUCAUCACAGACACAGCAGCCAAGCUCGAGCGCAGUGGCUUCUACUGGGGACCACUGGGUGUAGAGGACGCUCACCGCAUGCUGCGGGACGCUCCGCUGGGCAGCUUCCUCAUCCGCGACAGCCGGCAGAAGGACAUUUUCUUCACGCUGUCCUACCACGCCAAGAGCGGGCCGGUCAGCGUGCGCAUCGACUACAAGCGGCAAAAGUUCUCACUGGCGGGCAACGAGCGCUCCUUCCCGACGCUCUUCGCCCUGUUGGAGCAUUACAUCAACUCUCCCAAGAAGAGCCUGAGCAUCCCGUACAGGAAAUGGGAGCCAACGCUGCAGGAACUGUGCAGGAAGCGCAUCAUGGAGCUGUGUGGCAGAGGAAGGGUUUCAGAGCUGCCAGUUACCCAUGUUGCCCAAGACUUCCUGUUGGAAUUCCCUUACAAACUGUGACCAGCUUGCCAUGUAAACUUCUGACAGUAUUGUUUUUGAUUUCAAGAAGGCAGUUUUUACCAAGUAACAGGGAACUGGAGGGGU